CCGGAGACAAGAAGCGCAAGAAGAAGAGGAAGGAAAGUUAUUCCAUCUACAUCUACAAAGUAAUGAAACAAGUCCACCCCGACACUGGUAUUUCCAGCAAAGCUAUGUCUAUCAUGAACAGUUUUGUCAACGAUUUAUUCGAAAGAAUAGCUUCUGAAGCCAGCCGUUUGGCUCACUACAACAAACGUUCAACCAUCAGUAGCCGUGAGGUCCAGACUGCUGUCCGUCUGCUUCUCCCUGGUGAGUUGGCCAAACACGCCGUCUCUGAAGGUACUAAGGCUGUCACCAAAUACACCAGCAGCAAGUAAAUCUAUUUUAGUCUUCGGUUGUUCGACAACGGUCCUUUUUAGGGCCAUCCAUAUUCUCCUGAGGGUAACUUUCGAUUCUUUAUUGAUCUGCGAUGCUUGUUAUUUACGUAAAUGUCGAUUUCAAAAAGUUUGGAUAUAAUGGCGUUUGUCAUAAAUAGUAUAUUGUAGUUUAUAAUUUACCUACUAGCAGAUGUACCUAUGUAUACAUUGUGGGUAUUGGGAUAUCACCAGAAGAUACAUGAGACACGUACAUAGCCACACAAUGCGACGUCACUGUCACAUGUAUUGAUGUUUUUCAAUAUUUUUAUGCUAAUUAGAAAUAAAAAUAGAAUUUUUUUUUUCCACA